AUGAAGAGAAAGAUAGAUUUGGUUGAAGAAGAACACGAGAGUGAACAUGAAGAAAGCGAAAGUUCUGGUGAUGAAAGCGAGGAUGAAGAACCGAGAAUACAAAAGAAUAACCAAGAAUAAAAGAUGUUUAGAGUCAUCUUUCCCGCGCAGUGCCGGAAAAGCGUGCUUCCGAUUUGCUGCAUAGUAUGGCCGCGUCCAAAGAUAUUCUUUUCUGGACUCCCAGCGGACAAUUACUUCGAAAUAAAGGCACUAUUCCCGUCACAAACAUCGCUGAGUUAGUUGAGUAUGUGUUACUCCCUCAUAACAAUGAGGUUACCAAGACUCGUGCGCUGAAUACGUUUCUAGAUGGACUUGCAGAGUUAGGAACUGAUAAAGGUUUAAUCAAGAAUAAAACGUUGUUAAGUGAUUUAAUAGAAAAGGAACAAGGCUACCAAAAUGUAGAAAAUACUUCUGAUAACGAGAGUAAUAAUGAGGAAAGUUCAUCGGAUAUUGAAAAUCAGGAGGAGGAGGAGGAAGUGGCUUCUGAUAAUGGCGUUGAAACUGAAGGCACCCAAGAAAGCGACAACGACACUGAAAACGACAGUCAGGAAACAGAAAGUAGUAGCCCUGAAACGUUCAUCCCUUGACUGUAUAUUUCAACUGUAAGCACUUCCCUUAAUAUACGCGCGACUUACUAGAGUGCCUCCUCGGGAUUUGCGAAAUCCCUGCGGGGGCAAUAAUACGUCAAGGUGCUCCCUUGGGUCUUUCCUGUACUGCUAAAUUUGAAUGCAACUUUGGGCUUGCGAACUCGCAUAAUUAACUGACUAGCGGUGCAUGAAACGCUGAGACUGUAAUAGUUUUUCAUUUCCUCGAGAUAGAUAGGAGAAAACGUCAGACAAAAUUGAAAUAGAGAGUUUUCAGUUCUACUUUGCGCAUGUGUUUUGUUUAUAUAUCUGAGUUUUAGCGCUAAAUAAGAUAUAGGAAACCGUUUCUCGCGUUGCUAGGUGAUCUCUUCUCUUAUUCCUAUUUCCUUUUAAUAGACGGUCCGAAAACUGGGCUCAAGUUACUUAACGGGCAAGUUUGGGCAUGUCUAUUGUUUCUAUUGAAUAAGGGAGACGCUCAUUAGUAAACCUAUACCAAAUAAGUAUGCGGGAAGACCCUCAUUAGUAUGGAGGAAGACACUUAUGCAUAUUAAUAAAGGAAAGACAGGGGAAGACAGGGGAUACACUAAAGGGGCUUAAUUUGCUGAAGCAUGACUAUUAUAGUAAACAGUUUAAGAAAUGAGGGCUGAUAUAGCAAAGGUCAUUCUAUAAAGGGAAACGAAAUUGAAAAUAAAGUACACAACUCAUAAAGCCACUGCAUUAAAACCAUAGUGGUAAUUUUAUUAGUAUUUUCCAAAUCAGUACUGGGAAUUUUGUGAAACGGGUGUCAAUAUGGCGUCCCGUUUUGCAACAGUUCUCGAGGCCCGGCAUUUUCGCGACUCAUGAAACAGUUAUAUAUAUAUGAAAAGUAGCUUGUCGGCAUUUAUUGGUAGGCAGCAAGAUAAAUUAUUUUCUCAAUGAAUUUGUCAAUAAAUCGCGAAAAGGCACUCCAACUCUGCGACACAACGUUAGUGAAGCGUAAGCAAACCUGUUACUAAGUGACGUCCUUUAUUUACAAACUUUACUUCUUCAUCCUUUAGUUACUAAAACAUUGAAAAACAAUUCCCCCCUCCCCCUUCAAGGUUAGGGGCAAACGCCAGACAUAUACUGUCCAUUUGUGUGAUAGUAGUAAGUCUGCUAGGUAAGUCUCCCAAGCUGUAACUGGAUAUAAGAGAUAGGGUUUAUGUAUUUAUUAUUAUAUAAUAAUAAUAAUUAUUAUUAUCUCUAAUUUACACAGGUGUUCAUCGUUCUGGGAACAAAAAACGUUAAAGUUUUAGUCUGGUCCAGCCCCCAAAACUUAGACUUCAAGGACCUUUCUCAAGAUGGUGGCUAUUCCGGCCAAGAAGAGCAGACUUUCGCAAAGUACUAA